AUGCCGAGCGGCGACAAAAAAAUCGACACCAGAAACGGUGACGGCCACGACGACAACAGAAGCGACUACUGCGAUGACGACUACGUGCCACCUGCGCAGCGUGGGGUGUUGUUUUUCUCGACCAUCCCGCGCGACAUGCGACCACAGGAGGUGCGCAUGCACUUUAAUGAGUUUGGUAAGAUUCUGCGACAGAAAUUUACGCCUUUUCCAAAGAAGGAGCGACGCCCUGGCGGCACGUUGCUUCCGCUGCAGUUUAUGAAUGGAUACUUGGAGUUUGCACACGCCGAGGACGCGCGACGGGCGGCGGCGGCGAUGAACGGGACGCCUGUCGCAUGCAAGCGACGCCGCAAGUGCCACGGCCAGCUGUGGACAGUGAAGUUCCUUGACGACUUCACGUGGGACACGUUGCUUGAGCAGAAGGAGGAGACACGGCGCACACGGCGGCAGCGUGAGGCGGAGGCACGCAGCGCGGAGCGCGCCAUCAACGAAGCGUACCGCGCUGCCGUCCUGGGGGCGAUGCGGCGCAAACACACACGCGGCGAAGGAGGAGCCUCACCGAAGGAACCGAAUGAAUGCCGCAGUCCUAAGAAGACAGAGCGGCGAGAGCAAAAUGUCACUGGGAGGAUGUUACGUGAUGUUUCUGUUUCUUCUGAUUCCGUUGGUGCUGCUGCUGUGACUCCUCUUGAGGUGGUGAAGAAGAAGCGGAGGAAAGAAUGA